AUGGUGUCGGCUCAUCGACCAGAGACGCGAUGGGCGACACGCAUUAUCCCGCUCAUUCUUGGUGGCUGUGUUGGCUUCACAACUUAUGUUGUCGUUAAGCGCGUUUGUGUGGACUUCUUCAUAUCCGAACAACACCAACCCGGCACCGCCAUCGCUUUCCUUGUUUUACACUUUAUAUUCCUGAUUUUUAUGCUCGCGACAUACCUCCGAGUAUUCCUCGUUAUCCAGCUCGACCCAGGAGUGACGCCGCUGGGCCCGAGAGCCACCGAACAGAAAGCGAAGGCGAAGGGGCGUAGCCGACGAGAACGGGACCUCGAGGCUACGAAUAGAUACGAGGCACGACCAGAUGACAACCCGGAUAGCCCCGGGCUCGAGGAGUUCUACAGCAAGGAUGUCUUCGUCUGCGAAACUGAUGGGCGGCCGCGAUGGUGUAGUUCUUGUUGCAAUUGGAAAAUGGACAGGGCACAUCACUGUAGUGAAAUCGAAAGAUGUGUCAAGAAAAUGGAUCACUACUGCCCAUGGGUGGGUGGCAUAGUGGCCGAAACCUGUACGUCUCGGCUCCCGCUCGAUUCUCCAAUCCUUCCCUCGAUUCCGGUGACUAAGUAUCAAGCAAUUACAGCCUUCAAAUUCUUUGUUCAAUUUACUUCUUAUACGGCUAUACAUUGCGCCAUCGUCAUUAUCGCGGCCGUCAUUUGCUUCCAGUCUAAAGUUCGCAACGACGAGGGCAUCGACGGUGUUAUCAUUGGUGCUCUGGCCGUCGCUGCUCUUUUCGGUUUAUUCACCUUCACCAUGACGGCGACGUCGAUGCGCUACAUUCUGGUCAACCUCACGACCAUUGACUACCUCAAGUCCAAGAACGUCGUGCAUCAGCUCGCGAUACGGGUCCCACAAGGCACGCGACCAAGCCAAAGUUACAACGUCGUCACUUACCCUUUGCCUAAAUCCACGAAUACAACAAACCCAACGCUCCAGACCAUCACGACCGAGUCCUCUUCUCCCCGGGAUCAACUCGCCACUCGGACCUUCGCCAUUGUCAAAACCGAGAUGGGCGAGAAUCCAUGGAACCUAGGCUAUUAUCGUAACUGGAAAUCAGUCAUGGGAGAUAGCCUCAUCGACUGGCUGCUUCCCAUUAAGGGGUCGCCUUGUUCUCGGUACGAGGAUGGCGAGAGCUUUUACGAGAUGGGGCCUCUGUACCAAGAGUUGCGGACCAGAUUUUGUCUUCCGGACUUGUCAACCGGGAACGGGCGGGUUGAAAUGGGAGAGCGGGAGAGAGAGAGGACCAAACAUGGGAUGAACGGGACACGGAGCUAA